UGCCAGCAAAACGGGGUGGACGGAGGUGGAGGUAAUGGUGAUGGUGGUGGUGACAAUGGUAAUGACGAUGAUGAUGAUGAUGAUGAUGAUGAUGAUGAUGAUGAUGAUGAUGAUGAUGAUGUGGAUGUGAAUUUAUGGGAAGCCAUCAUCUGGAGAUGCCCUUGCGCCCAACAGAGCGAUGUGCGGAGGUUGCCGGAAGCAACAGAUAAUGGGAUCUAUUCUCGGCCGAGCGUCGGUCGCAAUGAUGGACGAGGGAAUCGAGAGAAAUGCGAGCUCAUUCGCGACUUCUUCAGAGGCGACGACGCCUAAUAAUGUCGCUCAUUAUUGGCAGCGAAACGGAUUUUCAACCAGAUUGAACUUGCGGGCGCCAGUGCAAGGUCUUAACCAAUCUAGGCGAGGGCAUGUGGGACCCUUAACACAACGGUCAACCAGCGAUUCCUUGUCUUGCUGCUUAACCACCGCAAGUUGUACCCGCAACGUCCUCUCAAUUUUGGCCGUCGCACUAGCUAUCAAUCCAUCUAGCGUGAUCCUGGCUCCGAGUCGUUUUACGGUCAAACCGCAAAUCUACCCUACACACGAUCAAUACUCUCAAUUCCACGAGGCAUCCUUCACCGGAGAGCUUUUCUUGACAAGAGACCAUAAAGUCUCCUGAUGACGGAUGCGUAAAAAAGAGAAAAGCCGAGGACGACAUCUGCAGAGGCCGCUGAGUUUGUCCACAUGGCAUGUGCAUAUUAUGGCGGCCCGUGCGGGCCUCUGGGCCAGUUGUAUCUACGGUCCUAACGUCCGCCAAAGCUAUAGCUAGGCGGGGAGCGGGCUCCCGGUCACAGUACCUUGAUAGUUCAGUGUGGAUCAG